UGGAGGGAGAAGGGAUGCGUCACGGAUGUGAAGAAUCAGGGCGCGUGUGGGUCGUGCUGGGCGUUCAGCGCUGUGGGAGCCCUGGAAGCCCAGGUGAAGCUGAAGACAGGGAAGCUGGUGUCCCUGAGCGCCCAGAACCUCGUCGACUGCUCCAUGAUGUACGGGAACAAAGGCUGCAGCGGAGGUUUCAUGACCAAUGCUUUCCAGUACAUCAUCGACAAUGAAGGGAUCGACUCGGACGAUUCCUACCCCUACACGGCUCAGAAUGGGACCUGUCAAUACAACGCUUCCACGCGAGCCGCCACCUGCUCCAAGUACGUUGAGCUCCCGCAUGCCGAUGAAGCUGCCCUGAAAGACGCUGUGGCCAACAUCGGGCCGGUCUCUGUCGCCAUUGACGCCACCCUGCCCACGUUCUUCUUGUACAGGUCAGGCGUGUACGAUGACCCCCGCUGCACGCAGGAGGUGAACCACGGAGUACUUGCGAUCGGCUAUGGCACCCUAAACGAUAAGGACUACUGGCUUGUGAAAAACAGUUGGGGCGUACGUUUUGGCGACCAGGGCUACAUCCGCAUGGCAAGAAACCACGCGAACCAUUGCGGGAUCGCCAGCUAUGCCUCUUAUCCGCUGAUAUAG